AGCAGUGGCGCUUCACAUCAGGCGCAGCUUUCACUGAAGGAUAACUCCAUCUCUCGUCUCCACAUUUGAAUCACUGCUCCUGGUGCAAAGCGUUUGGAGUGCCGCAGCGUUAUUGUAAAUGUGGAGAUGUUUUUUCUGCGUCUUCUAUCGAGCGUAAUCGUGUAAAAAUACUGGAUCAACACUAGAGAACCCCGCGUUACGCACGAGUUAAAUCCGUCACCGUUACGCGUGGAUUAAACCCCCUCACCUAUGCAGGAUGAAGGUAACCUUUGGGUGUCUGGUGGUCUCAGCCGGAGUCUGCGGCUUACUUAGUUUCGUCUUGUUGGCGACUUCCCUCGGAACCGAGUAUUGGUACAUUAUAGAGAUGAAUCAUGUGAACGCGAGCGACUUAGAGGACAUGAGCUCACAUUCGGGUCUGUGGAGCAUCAAUGAAGGUGGGAUGACGCAGGCAGACUCUAUUGACUCCUUCACAGCUGACAACUCCAGGUACUCUGCGACUGAGCUGCACAUGCUGUCAGACAUGCACAGAGCCAUAGUGGUGCUCCUCCCCCUCAGCCUGGUCCUGCUGCUGUUUGGAGGCAUCUGUGGCCUAGUGAGCUCCCUGGCACGGAGCCCCAUGCUCCUCGCCGGCACAGCCUCCUACUUCUUCAUCUGCAGUCUUCUGACCCUGUGUGGAGUGAGUCUCUACAUCUUCUACUCACACCAGGCCCUGGAAGAGACAGAGAGGCAGGUGGGUCCGGAGGGUCUGGCCCACAUUCACACCUCCUUCGGUUGGUCUCUAGGUCUGGCCUCGCUCUCCUACAGCCUGGAGCUGCUCGCCGGCGUGCUGCUGCUCUCAGCUGCUCGGAUGGCCAAGCUGCGGCACAGCAGUCCAACCGUGGCCUGACGCAAGCCAAAAGCAAGGAUCCAACAUGAGGAGGACUGAAGGACUGAACUGUGUGGUGUUCUGCCUUAGAAAAUGGUAAACAUGAAGAAAGGUUGUACUAAAGAUGUCUUUUAACAUUUGGACUGAAUUGGUGAUUUAUUGUAAAUGAAGCGGAUGAUAACACUUGAACAGUUAGAUUUGACCAAGUACGCCCUCUUGUGGUGGGAAUUGGAGUUGCUCCUAAUUUUGACUCAGUGCAUCUUAAAUUGUAACCUGUAAAGUUUGUCGUAUUGAAUCUGUGCCAAAAAUAUUUGUCAUGCUUACAUUUUCAGCAAUCCUGAUCGUCCUGAUGUGUGAAUGCAACAUGACGUGUUAAUGGGCCUGAGAAGGUUCUUUUUAAUUCUCUUAUCUUUGAUGCUGUCUGUCUUAUUCUCAACACUUAUUUUCGUGUAACAAAUCUAUUCUACUCUUGUUGUUGUUGUUGUUGUUGGGGUUUUGUUUUUUUGCCACAAAUACGAUCUGAUGUCUCUGGAAGCCCAUUUCCACCAGUUAAAAAAAUUAAAAGAGAGAUAAUAAAGUUGAAAUUAUGAGAUAAAAAGUCAUAAUUAUGAGAUAAUAAAGUCGAAGUUAUGAGAUAAUAAAGUCAUAAUUA